UCUGCGUGAAAAGCUUCAGCUUCUUCUUCCGGAAACGAACCAGCUCACGAAAAUCAUGAACUCCAAAACUGCAUUGGCCGUGGUCAUUCUCUGCCUGGCUGUUGCUGCUCUAUCUGAAGGGAUGUCUUUGAAAAGCAUUGGACUCGAGCUCCGUUGUCAGUGCAUUAAAAAAGAAUCGAGAUUCAUCCAUCCCAGGCAGAUCCAGAAUGUAGAGCUCUUCCCCAGUGGACCGCACUGCAAGGAUGCUGAAGUCAUUGCCACUCUGAAAUCCGGUGAUCAGAUUUGCUUGGAACCAACUGCCCAGUGGGUCAAGAUAGUUAUAAAGAAAAUCUUGGAAAGCUCCCGGACCUGAAAUCCUGCGGUGGAAAUUUAGAAGAGCAAACCUAAAGAGAAACUGAAGUCACUCUAAGGGAUGAUCUUUUUAACCUCUUGUUUAUUUAUUAGUGUGUUUAUUUAUUUGUCAAUGUAUUUAACUAAAUGUCUUUAAUAUAAUGUUAUUAGAAUGAACAGUUGUCAUUCAACGGAUAGGGUAUGGAAGGAUUGUAUCAGAACAUUCAGGAAUGGAUUUAAUCUACAAAAGGUAGUUUAGUUGCAUGAAGUUCUGUAUCCCCUUUGCUUAAUACAGUGUGUUUCGGAUUUUGGUUAAAUUAUGCUGAAAAGCAGAAGCUGAUCAUGCAGUAUUACUCAGUGGCUUAUUCUUUUUUUUUUUUUUUUUAAUGUAAAACGUAAACAUGAUAAGUAAAUUGUACCUUUUUUAAAAAAACAACCAAUUGGUCAAAACAAUGUGAUGUAGUGUUAUACGCUUGUUUAAUAUGUUGCAUUCGUUAUAAGAAUGCAACCGUGUGUGGCAAACUGUCAUAUUUCUUUUGUUUGUGUGUCAAACUUAAU